ACUCCCAGCAAAAUUUUCCAGCGGAGAACUAAUCGGAGCUCUAUUAUAUCAGCAAUUAUCAGCGACGUUAACUAUCUUCAGCUACAAAGAAGUGAAAGAGAGAGAAGCUUUAGUUUAGACCAUCCGGGAAGUAAUAUUUUUUUCCCCUCGUAAACUUUUCCUCACAAAGAAUAUUUUGGACAUCUUUGUGGGAGCUUCAGUCACUUUCGUUGAGUCUAUCUGAGUGAACAAGUUUGCACAGAGCGCUGCUGAACCUGCUUCUCUGGAAAACAGACUUUAUCACCCAACCGUUCUUAUCUGGAACGGACAUAUUUGCUUAUUAUCCCGCGAAUUGGAUAACGAAAAAUCGCUGACGACUCAAGGUGUCCUAGGAGCUGCGUGAAAGUGUCUUGACGUGACCCACUUUGUCCCAGGAGUCAAAACCCAUAUUCUUCCAAAUAGGACGAGUAUACGGUGUAAAAAUGUACCAAAGCCUUGCUAUGUCAUCCAACCAAUCCCCAUACGCACACGAUGCAGGGAACUAUAUGCACCCUUCGGCGAGUUCCCCAGUCUACGUGCCCACUACGAGGGUGCCUGCUAUGCUGCAAUCCAUGCCGUACUUGCCGACAUGCGAGUCCGCCCAUCAGUCUCACGGCCUCGGCGGGCAUCACGGAUGGUCUCAGUCUGGCACAGACAGUUCGUCUUUCAUUCCGGGCAGCCCCCAUCAUCCUCCCGGGUUCUCCUACUCUCACAGCCCGCCAGUAAGCAGCAGUAACGGCAGGGACACAGCUUACCAGAACCAGCUAGUGCUUAGUAACGGCGGUCGGGUUGACCACUAUGGCAGCACUUUAGUGCGGUCAGUUGGAGGAUCAUACUCAAGUCCCUACGCGUAUAUGAGCCCGGAGAUGGCGACCUCUUGGACACCUGGGCACUUUGAGAGCGGCAUGAUCUUCAGGGACGGCGGUCUUCAGGGACGGCAAGGUUGCCUGUCUGGGAGAAGGUCCAGUUUAGACAUGUCAGAGGAGUUCCCAGGAGAGGGGCGCGAGUGCGUAAACUGCGGCUCCAUCUCCACUCCUCUGUGGCGGCGGGAUGGUACCGGGCACUACCUCUGCAAUGCCUGCGGACUGUACCACAAGAUGAACGGAAUCAACAGACCGCUGAUCAAACCCCAGAAACGCCUGCAGACCACAUCUCGCCGGGUCGGCCUGUGCUGCACUAACUGUCACACCAGCACCACCACGCUGUGGCGGCGCAGUGCAGAGGGAGAGCCAGUCUGCAACGCCUGUGGCCUCUACAUGAAACUACAUGGGAUACCCAGACCAAUGGCCAUGAAGAAGGAAAGCAUUCAGACAAGGAAACGGAAACCUAAGAUGCCGAAGUCCAAAACCUCAACAGGAGGGUCGUCAUCAUUGGGCACCAACUCCCCGUUCUCCCUGUCUGUCUCAGAACAUGCCUCUACUAUAAAGAGUGAACCCAACAUGGUCCCCUCCCCCCACGCCAGACAGGCCUCUAUGUCCCAGGCUUCGUCACAUCUGGACAGUGCAGGAGCAGGACAUGUGGACAUCAAGUAUGAGGACUGCCCCUUCACUCCUGCGUCUAUCUCCACACAGAACUCCUGGUGUACUGCUCUGUCUCAGGCGUGAGCUAACUCGACCACAGUUCACGGGCCUGGACCUGGACCUGGACCUGGGCCUGGGCCUGGGCCUGGACCUGGACUUGGGCCUGGACCUGGGCCUGGGCCUGGGCCUGGACCUGGGCCUGGGCCUGGGCCUGGGCUUGGAC